AUGGAAGGCCACGGUUGUCAGCAGACUUCUUCUGAUCCACCAGAGCUUCAAGGACCUGGUUCAGCACUGGUUCGGCUGCCAGCAAUCUCCUCUAGGCCAGCAAGCUUCUCUGCCCUUGAUGGCGACCUUAGAGUGAGCUUAGCUCCUAGCCUGCCAGCUGAAGACAAGGAGGAAUAUAUUGCUGCUGUUGAGCCUGAAUCUCCUCUCACUCCGGUCAAGCCAGCAGAGACAGAUGGUUCCAGCCCAUCCUUUGACUGUCCUUCGCCACCAAGAGCUCACCUCCACCCCCUAUCUGCUGUCCCAGCUACCCAAAGACCAAUCCAGAGGAAGCAUAGGGAGGUGUCGAGAGAGCGGCCAGCCAUCCUUACCAAGCUCAUGGAAAAGUUUAAUGUGAGAGACUGGUCACGGCCAGAGGCUCACCCAGGAGUGACAACUGAUAAGGAUGAGGACGCCAGCAGAAUCAAGCCGGAAGAUUCUGCACCAAGUUCCUCUCAACACAUCCCCGGCGAAGUGAAAAUUUACUACCCUAGGCUGAGGGACAGUGAAUCCAGCUUUGUCCCCCCAAAUUCCGCACCUCUCAUACGACCAGCAGCCGACAACCUCCCAAGACCACAACCAGAGCUGCCAGUUACGACGCGAGGAAACCGACCUGGUCUGCGGAAGACAUCAUCGGCUCCAGCUUUACCAAGGCCGGAGAUGAAUACUGAGGAGUUAAGCAGACUCUUGAACCGCGAUGGCCCUCGCCAGCCAAACAUCGAGGGCAUCAUCUUGGGUGGCCCGUUAUUUACCCCCACCCAACAGGUUUCCCAUUCUACAGAUGGGAUUCCUGCGCGUGUUCAGAGGCCAGCUAUCCCCAGUAUUCAGGGGGUAUUUGAAGGAACGGUGGCGCCAGCGACGCCAGCAACGAUGCCAACUGAGCCAGCAGCAACUCACACUCACGUAGGUGAUGUGAUCAACGCCCAUUUCGAACGUAUCUUGAUGGCACAAGCAGCCAAUACAGAAGCCAUCUUGAGAAGCCUACGCGGGCUAACGAACGAAACCAGGGCGCUGCGGGAGGAGGUCAGAGCAAAUACCAACCACCUCCAUCAGCUCAACGGCAGAGUUGCGGCAGUCGAGGCGAGGAUGGGUGGCCUACAGCCAUCUGGGGGUUUGCCGUUGACGGGUUAUCAGGGGCCCGUCAUCGUGCCGAGCCGCAAUUAUAGCGGUGGUCAACCCCUAGCCAGGCACCCGCCUCGCCGUGGCAGUCAACCCCAUGGCAGCGGACCAGUUCGCGAUGUCCGGCGUGGUGGUCAAAACGGACGGCGUGCUUCCAGCCAACAUCAGCACGCAGUCCAGCCACCGCGUCCAGGCACGACGCAGAACCCGCUGCCGCCGCCAGCUGAACCGUCGAGAUAUAUACCACCCCCUCAGGGGUCAUUGGUGGUAUCACAAACUCGACGGCCCGGCCAGCAAAGCAUCCCUCGGUCUCGGGAUGCUAGCGACAGCAAUGGCGAAUGGGGUGGAACUUCGAACUGGUAUCGAAGGGCCUAUGCAAAUGGCAGGGUAAAUUGA